AUGCUUCCUCUCUUCUUCAAAGUACUUCCUCUCUUCAUCAAGAUGCUUCCUCUCUUCAUCAAGUGCUUCCUCUCUUCAUCAAGGUGCUUCCUCUCUUCAUCAAGAUGCUUCCUCUUCUUCAAAGUACUUCCUCUCUUCAUCAAGUGCUUCCUCUCUUCAUCAAGUGCUUCCUCUCUUCAUCAAGUGCUUCCUCUCUUCAUCAAGAUGCUUCCUCUCUUCAACAAAGUGCUUCCUCUCUUCAUCAAGGUGCUUCCUCUCUUCAUCAAGAUGCUUCCUCUCUUCAACAAAGUGCUUCCUCUCUUCAACAAAGUGCUUCCUCUCUUGAUCAAGUGCUUCCUCUCUUGA